CUUCGCUUUCUUUUCCCUCUCUUCUCUGCAUCUUUUUCUUCUUGUCUAUAUUUACAACUGUAUAUUUACUACCAUACUUUCUCAAUUGAGGGUUUUGAUUGCCUAUUUUACAUAAGGGCGCAUUAUUAUCAUGUCGGCUCCGUCCGAUCCACCUUCCUCCGCUUCUUCGCGAGGAACGCGUGUGCAUCACCCUAUCCUCGCUGAACUUGGCCUGACUUCAGUCUGGCAAUCCCCUCGAGAUGUCAAACUGCUCUGCGCCCAGCGCUUUGUGCGUCUCUUCGCUUACGGUGGUUCAACUCUAAUUCUGGCUGCCUAUCUCUCAGCAUUGGAUAUCUCCGAUGAACGCAUCGGUCUUUUCAUGACCUUGACCCUGGUGGGCGAUGUUGCUAUCAGCUUCCUCCUUACUCUGUUCGCCGACGCCAUGGGUCGCAGGGCCGUCCUCGCCCUGGGUUCAGCUUUAAUGGUCGGCAGCGGCAUCCUCUUUGCUUCGGUCGGCAAUUACUGGGUCCUUCUGGCGGCGGCCGUCUUCGGUGUCAUAAGUCCGAGUGGAAACGAAAUUGGCCCCUUCCGGGCUGUCGAAGAAUCAACUUUGGCCCAUUUAACCCCCAAAGAGAUAUUGAGCGAUAUCUUCGCUUGGUACUCGCUGAUUGGCAAUGCGGGAACAGCCCUGGGCAUGAUGACCGGUGGAUGGGCCAUCAACUUGCUUCAGGUAAUCUGGGGAUGGCCCUAUAUUCCCGCCUGUCGAAUCAUCUUUUUUGCCUACGCCGCUAUCGGCGCGCUCAAGUUUCUCCUGUCUAUUGCAUUGAGCUCCGCUGUCGAGGCCGAGAAGAAGAAGCCUGCGCAACGGUCUAGUAAUGAUGGUGAAAGACAACCUCUUCUGGGCGAUCAAACGGCCAACGCCGCCCCUCAAGAGCAGCAGCCUCAGAAGAAGAAAUCGAUCCUUUCCUUCCUCGGCGAUUCCGAGGUCGUCUCCUUGUUUCUGCGACUUGCGAUCCUGUUCGCAUUGGACUCGUUCGCUUCUGGACUAGCAUCUUUGUCGUGGAUGACAUACUUCUUUAAGCGCAAGUUCUCCCUCCCUGAAGGGUCACUCGGAUCCAUCUUCUUCACAACCAGCCUUAUCUCUGCGGCCUCUGUGCUGGUGGCCUCAUCCAUCGCCAAGCGCAUUGGCAAUGUCAAGACCAUGGUCUUCACUCAUCUUCCCUCCGCUAUUUGUCUGGCACUCAUCCCAGUUCCUUCGGUUCUCCCGCUGGCGCUGACCUUUUUGGUGCUCCGCGCCUGCUCUCAAACUAUGGAUGUGGCUCCUCGCUCGGCCUUCCUUGCUGCAGCGCUGCCGCCGGACCGUCGCACGGCUAUCAUGGGAUCCAUUAAUGUCGUCAAAACCUGUGCCCAGAGCCUUGGACCUCUGUUGACCGGUAUCUUGGCUGAUCGAGGUGUUUUCGGGCUAUCAUUCACCAUUGCGGGUAUUUUGAAGGCUGUCUAUGACAUUGGCAUGCUGCUCAGUUUUGCCGGAAAGGAAAAGCAGCAGCGGCGACCGGCACCAAGGAAUGAAGAUGAAGAAGCCGCCUAGACUCUCUGUAACAUCUUUUCAUAUAUCCUAAUGACUCUAUCUUAUCUAUCUAUCCGUGAUCGAACAAUUUAAGGGAUAAAUAGAUAGGCAGAUAGAUAGGGACUGGGAUAAAUGAAAUGCUAGCUCGCCUGCAACCCCGCAUUUCGGCCGAUCCCAACCCGAUUGAUUAGAAUUUAGUAUAACAGAGUCAAUCAGUCCAUGCAGUCCGGCUAAAAGUCCGAAGUCAACAAACAAAUCUUGCGAUAAACCCGAACCCCACAGAGGGGGAGAGGGGGAAAAAGAACUCGCACCAAUAAUGGGCGUCGGUGGUGUUGUGUUGUUCUUCCCCCGCAAAUGGAAAGCGAUGAUGUAGAUAAAACACUGGUUUUCCCUGUUCUCGCUGUUUGUGCGUACUUUGUGAGGAUUAACUCG